AUGGCGUCCUGGGCGGCUCGCCGGCUGGCUUUGGCCACCGUCCGAUCGGGGGUUCUCCGGAGCGGGCCGAGCUUGAGGCAAGGUGACGAUGCCUCUGCCGUUCGCGGCAGCUCAGGUCGGAGCCUGGUACCGUCGAGGUCAGUCAUCGUUACCCGCAGCGGCGCCAUUUUGCCCAAACCGGUGAAAAUGUCCUUUGGCCUCCUGCGCGUGUUCUCCAUCGUGAUCCCCUUCCUGUAUGUUGGCACACUCAUUAGUAAGAAUUUUGCUGCUCUGCUUGAGGAACAUGACAUUUUUGUCCCCGAGGACGACGAUGACGAUGACUAA